AUGCUCGAGGCAGGAAUCAUCCAAGUCAAUUUGCAGCCGCAGACAGUGAAUCAAUGCAUCUUGGCUGGUGUGUCCACGGCAAUUGUCCCCGUCUUUCCGAAUUGCUAUGUUGUCACUCUGAACGGAAUUUCGGAUCGCAACGCGGACCACGAGUACGGCAGGCUGAUCCAUUGGGAUGAACACCCCGGUGCCUUUUCUUGGAUGACUGCCCGACGCCAAUUCCUCCCUGGUGUGGCCUUGCUAGUUCUGGAGGCCCAGGAGCGAUUAAUGGCUUUCCUUGUCGAGUGUUGCAAACAGAUCCUCCAUGAUAUACCCGCGACCCUGCUGACGAGCGACUCUUAUCCGAUCCAACCCGAGCCAUCACCAAAAUCCGAGAACGAUGUAAACGGGUAUGCUUCACUAUCAGUCAUGCCAGCGGAAGCGCCCUACCGUCUUCCAUCUAACCAUGACUUCUCGAGGAUAUCAUCGCUUCUUUCUGCCUCCACUGUCGCCAAGGAGAAUCAUCUGUGGUCUCUGCGCGAGGACCCUGGCUAUUUUCACCAGACGGUACUGGAGCUCCAAGACCAUCGUCAGGACGACGUCGUCACGGAGGCGUAUCUCGGGCUCGAAAUCUUCUCCGAACCUUCGCGGCAAGUCCGGUGCCUGCGGGAUCUUCAAUCAAAGUACCAGGACGAUAUAUCUCCAGACAGGGAUCUCCCUGUGGAUUAUCUUGAUGCGCUGCUCAAGUUCCGUUUCUAUCUCACUCAAACAGCAAAAGGCUCUCUCAACAUGCUCAAGCAAAAGGUUGUAGCGUCACCACCCUUUCGUGCGUUCUUCAGCCGCUCUCCUCCGGAUAAUCCCAACUCCCCCUUCGUCAGCAUUCAAUCCAAGGGGCUCAAGAUGGGACAGGCCGAGGCCCAGCUGUUGUGGCUUCUCCGGACUCUAUGGGAGGAUGAUAAAGACCUCUUCUUUCUUCGGAUGCCUCUAGUCGUCGAUGAACUACAAAGACUAAUUGACACCGAGCAAAAGGCUAAGGAAAUGAUCAGUAAGCACAUCAGCGGUCUUAUUGGAGACCUGGCCAUCAUCUUCGAAUGCCUUCGGCAGCCAGAUACGUACCAACCGUAG